CAUUACCUAGGUAGGUAGACUGACUCUACGGAUACGGAUAAUAAGUGCACAGUACCUAACUCCAUAGACUCGAAAGACUCGCGUGCCGGGGUCACGAUACCUUGGCAGGAAGGAGCCUUCGUCAUCGGAUUCCGUUCCGCGCCCCCCCCGUCCCUUGUCUUUCCGCCUUUCCACCGCCCAGCCCUGGGAUGCCGCUCUUCUAAACCUUACCUCCUUGCCAGCGUGACCUUGACUGCCCGGAUAGGCACUUUUCGUUUCCUCUCGCUUCCUCUCACGAGCCCACCUCCACCAUCUGGCAUCGCCAGCCUGCCAUUCUCGCGACAACAAAAAUUCACCUACUCUGUCCAGCUUCAGGUCAGCCCGAGGCCACUCCGUGGGGACAAAGGAGAGCCUGACCCGGUGUUGGCACCAAGAAUCCGAGUCUGCUAUUUUUCGAGAGACCGCCAUCUGCAUAGCAAGCCACAUUGCGACGUCCGUUGUUCAGCCCCCCUCCGACACUAAACCCCGGUCAACCAUUGGAAAGGGUCGUCACAUCAUCCACCAGUGAUCAUCCUCCUCUCACCAUCUGUUCUGACCUGCCAGCGUGCCCGUCUACCCAUCCCAUCUUCCCUCUUCUUCACCUUGGGACACCUUCUUCCCAAGGUAACUUCUACCGCGCAUCUUGGCCUGCACGUCGAAUCAAGGCUUCUUCCCUACGCUUGCGGAUCCCAAUUUUGGACCAAUUCACUGCCAGCGACCCGAAAAUCGGCCAAGGUCCGAUGCGAGAUACCCACCGCUGCAGAUUUACACAACCUCCCGGACAACGCAUUCACGGCAAACAUCCCGCGACCUCCAUCUAACAAGCUUGGUUGGAACUUGGGGGUCCUGCUGAAUCCCAUCAAGACGACUCUACCAGCAACCAACCAAUCUUCAACUUGGUGGCCCGCUCACCACGGACUGGGUGUGCCGCCGCGUGCGCUCAACUCCACCCGGCAAGCAGAAUCGCAACUUCCGAGCUCAACCACCCUCGUCUGCCUCAUCCACUUUGGGCCACUAUUGCACACAUUACAACCCCGGCUCGCUUCUGCCGCUUUUUCUCUGCUUUCCCACUUGCGCCUGCGCCUUUCUAGCAUCUCCUUCUCCUGCAUCGAAAACCCGCCCAUCAGCCUCACCUCACCUCGUCCAGGGCCACAUCGCGCGCGCGGACAUUUUGCCGAUCCAGGCUCUUUCUUCACCGGCGGGACCGACGGCAUCUUUCACCAACCAGCCGCAAAUCGAAGAGGAGGAACAGCGCCGAAAUAGAGUUGAGCAUCUGGUCUGCCUGCAAGACCUCUUCUCAUUCUACGCCAAGAUUGGUUGAGAAUGAGAGAGAAAACAGAUACUGACAACGAGACUUGCCGAUCCCUUGGCUGAGCGGACGACUCAUACCCUGCCCGCAGCCAUGCAUCCUCCCCCGCUCCUCGGUGUGGGCGUUGUUGAUCUGCUCGAGUCCGACCCCCGACCGAGCUUCGUUGUUGCGCUACCAACUUCAUUCAAGGACCCCGCGCUUGCCGAGGUUGUCUACAGCAAUCCGGCUCUGGUGAGCAAGCCUGCCCUUUUCGAGGUCCUAGGAUCAUUGUCAAGCCGCGACCAUACGAGAUUCUGGGACUGGAUCACUGCCCAAGACGCCAACCCUCCACAAUCUUUCUUGUAUAACAACCACUUUUGGACUCGGAACACCUUGCUUUCCAGAUGGGUUGUUGUGAGCUCCAACGACUUCCCAAUCUCCUCGGAGCCUCCGAGAAAGAUUCGCCUGGAUGGUUCGAGAGGCAGAGAAUCCAGCAGCGGUAUCUUGCACCCGCAUACCUCAACCGUGCCCUCAGUGCCUUCGGCAGAGUCGUCCGCAGAAGACUUGUCAUAUCCCCGGAUUGUUCGAGCAACCACCGAGCCGCCUAUAGUCCUACCGGAUUUUAUGCCAGACCAAGAGCCUUUCCUCGAUAUGGUUGAUAGCGUUGACUGGAGCGCGACUCCCCUGGGUGCCAUGGACCGGUGGCCAUCGCUGCUUCACCAGUCUUAUAGCCAGAUUUUAUGCAAUUCUCAGCCUACAGCAAUCUACUGGGGCAAAAAUCUCACAACAGUAUACAAUGAGGCUUAUGGAGAGAUGAUAGGAGCAAGACACCCCAACCUUAUGGGCCAUUCUGUGACUGAAGUUUUCCCUGAAAUCACGGAUCAGCUCAGAGAUAUGAUGGAGAAUCCCGGACAAAGUCGUCGCGCGAGCAACGAAGAGGCAUUCCGCUUUUUCCUCGAAAGACCCGACGGAUCACCCCUCGAGACGUACCUAAAAUGGUCAAUCGUACCGGUCAUGCAGAACGGCGAAUGUCUUGGCUUUAUCCACUUGAUAUCGGACACGACUCUAUACCACCUUUUCCGUCGGCGAAUUCAGAUGCUCGUCAACAUGGGCGAGGAGCUCGUCACAGCCAAGGAUGUUAAAUCCUACUGGAGCAAGCUGAUCGAAGAGCUCUCCGAAUGCGAUCCCGCCUACGAUAUACCACUGGCGAUGCUCUACUCGAUUGAGUGUGAUGGUUCAUCACAUGCCGGAAGCGAGUCGCGGCACGAUUGUAAUCACGUUUGUCGUCUCGAGGGCGCCCUAGGUGUCCCAGAAAACCAUCCCAUCAUGCCCGAGACCCUGCGACUGAAGGACACCGAUGCCGGUCUGGCGCCACAGUACCGAGCUGCUCUGCGCAGCCACGAGCCGCUGAUUAUCAGCAAAUCAGACGGCAGUCUGCCCAAAGAAUUACUGACUGGCCUGCAGUGGCGUGGAUUUGGCGAUCCCUGCGAAGCUGCUAUUGUCUUGCCCAUUCGACCCACAAAGGAGGAGGAAGUCAUGGGACUGCUUGUGUUGGGCCUCAACCCUCGGCGACCUUACGACGAUGCAUAUACCCUCUACAUCCAGUUGCUAGCCCAGAAGCUCACGACAUCCCUGGCUUGCACGGUCUUGUUAGAGGAGGAGCGACGCCGAGGAAGGAAUGCUGCCGAGCAGGCUGCAUACGACCAGGCCAUGCUGAAAGAAAAGCUCGCCUACCAGACCAAGGAAGCCACAGAGUACACACGGUUAUUCCAGACAGUUUCGGACUUCAUUCCCAAUGGAUUCUCCCUCGGGGACCAUCAAGGAAACAUAACAUUCGCGAACGGCCUGUGGUACCGCAUAACAGGACACCCUGAUGAAGGCGGUUCUUUCUCUUGUGUGUUGGAGGCAGACCGAGAAAAGAUUCGCGAGGCAUACAAGGAACUGCAGACCAAGGAUGAAGUCGAAUUUGAAUUCCGCGUCAAAGGAACGGAACACACCAAUCGCAUGCUGGCAAGGAGAUCGCCCUUCAAAGCCGACGUAUACAGUGAUCUUGACGAGGAUCUGGAACGUUUUGUAAUGGCUCAGGCAAAGGCUGAACGAGCAACUGACGGAACCAUCAUUCGAACUUUCACUUGCCUGACAGAUGUCACCGCACACAAAAGGACGGCCGACGAAGCCACCAGGAGGGCUCAACAGGCAGAGAAUCUCAAGAGGAUGGCUGAGCUUGCCACAGUUGGUAUGUUCGAUAUGGACACCGGAGGACGUCUGCUCGGAGCAAACAACGUAUUUUUCGAGUUGUCUGGGAUAGAGAAGGUGGACCUUUUGCAACACGAAGUACGGCCAUGGGAAGUCUCGGUCGUACAAGACGACAUCCAGACUCUGAGCGAGAGCGUUGCGCGACUUGUGGCGACGAAGAAGCCCCAGUCAGCUGAGAUACGCCUAAAGACCACAUGGACAGCUGAGGACGCCGGAGGGAACCAGAUCACAGCGCCCAGAUGGGUACACAUUACCCUGAUGCCAGUCUGUAAUUCAGAUGGCAUCGUUCAGUCGUUUACUGGCUGUGUCAGCGACGUCUCAUUGCAAAAAUGGCAACUGGAGUUGGAAACUCAACGCACCGAGGAGGCAAUCGACUCGAAACGGCAACAGGAUAACUUCAUCGACAUGACUUCCCACGAGAUGCGAAACCCGCUCAGCGCCAUAGUUCACUGUUCAGACGCCAUCAUUGCCUCUCUUGCGCGAUGCGAGGAGCUUGUCGACCGGCCUCCUACUCCCAAGGCAGCUAAAUCCGACGAAGAAGGCACCGACAAACACUUUGAUAUCAAACAGCUUCUUUCGGAUAGUAUCGAGAAUGCGGAGACGAUUGUUGCUUGCGCACAGCAUCAGAAGCGGAUUGUGGACGAUAUCUUGACAAUGUCCAAGUUGGACUCUAAGCUUCUAGCCGUCACUCCCUGCACAGUCAAUCCCGUUCAGAUUGGCGAGGAGGCUAUCAAGAUGUUCGACGUAGAGGCUCGUCGUGUUGAUAUUGACCUCAAGAUGACUGUGGAUAAAUCGUAUCGGGAGCUGGGUCACGUUUAUCUAGAUCUCGAUCCCUCCCGCGUCAAACAAGUCCUCAUCAACUUGCUUACAAACGCUCUCAAGUUCACAAAGUCCGGAUCAAUCAGGAAUGUAUCUGUGUGCAUGAAGGCAUCGCGACAACGGCCAACGGACGAGACGGGACCGGUCACCUUCAUUCCCCGAUCCUGCAAAGAAGAGUCAGAGUAUGAGCAGCCUGCUCUCGACAAUCGUAGAGACCCAGUCUACAUCAUGUUCGAAGUCAAGGACACCGGUCAGGGUCUCUCGGAAGACGAAAAGUCAAAUCUCUUCAACAGGUUCGUGCAAGCGAGUUCGCGGACUCAUGUCAAAUACGGUGGAAGCGGAUUGGGGCUAUUCAUCUCGCGACGCUUGACAGAGCUGCAAAAGGGUGCCAUCGGUGUGUCCAGCUUGCCAGGGGUGGGGUCCACGUUUGCAUUCUUCAUCGAGGCAUACGUGCCAACAGAGUCGUCGCGGAGGGAAGCCGAAUCUGCGGCCGCGGCUGUGAGAAUGACGACUUUGGCUACUGCUGCAUCAAGCACGCCAUCCACGAUGCCGCGGAUUAGAGCCCCCGCAAACGAACAGAAGGCACCUGGCUCGCGACCGAAGCCUAAGAAUUACGACCCCCGGCUGGAUGGGAUUCUUGUCGUGGAGGACAACCUGAUCAAUCAGCAAAUAACCCGUCGCGGCUUGCAGGAUAGGGGGUUCACUGUCGACGUGGCCAACCACGGAAUCGAGGCUCUAGAACGACUCAUGCAGUCCAUGUCCCUGCAGAAGCAAGACGACCCGGAGUACUUUACUCAUAGCAACUCGAGUCCUCAGGGGCCCGCCGUAUCGAUCAACCUUAUCCUCAUGGACAUAGAGAUGCCAGUGCAGGACGGGUUGACAUGCACGCGGCGAAUCCGAGAACUAGAGAAGGAAGGAAGAGUGUUUUGUGCAAGCGGUGGAAGAAUCCCCAUCAUCGCCGUCAGCGCCAAUGCACGGCCGGAGCAGAUGCAAGACGCCAAAAGCGCAGGGUGUGACGAUGUGCUCGUCAAGCCUUAUCGGAUGCCGGAGCUAAUCGAGAAGAUGCAAGUGGUGGUACGGCGGAUGGGGGGCCUUUCACCUGGGUCGCCUAUACGAUAAUGAAAGCCAGUGCUGCCUAUUGAGGAGGCGGAGCAGGGAGCGGCGAACAAGCAUUAUCGGUCACAUGGAUAACCAAGGGCUGGUGAUCCUGAAGAGACGGGUACGGCGUUUAGGUAAAGGGGAGCCACAGCAGGACUGGGCUCGGGAAUGAGGACUGCUUCCGGGGUUUAGUCUGGUCACACUUGGCUGUGUGUCAUGUGGUGGAUGGACGAAUAGAGAUACCAAAAAUGGCCUUGGAUGCUGGCCGACAGGAAGACUCCAGACGUUGGAUGUCACACGGGCGAGAAAUGGACUUGGCAUCGGAUGGCGUUGAUCGGCGGAGGGCCUAGCCAUGUCGAUGGAUCCGGGAAGAAAGACUGGCUUAAUUCAGAGAGGAGACAGAAAGGAAACCAUUUCGUGGAGUUAGGUUCCUUGGCGUCUGUUGCCGGGGUACAUCUAAGGAUUAUUCACCAACGUAGACGAGCCAGACGGAGAGAAGAAAUAAUACCUUGGGUGUGAAUAUUCCAG